AAUGAAAUCAAAUCCAGCUUUGCACUUGCAGAAGUUCAGUUGCCUUUUUUACUUAAUCAAUGAAGGUUGUUCCAGCGGUUUAAAAUGAGUUGGUGGUGCAGCUUCUUUACUUACCUUGGGUUUCUGGUAUUUCUCAAUUUCCUCUAUGACACUUUUAUAUCGCCUCUUCAACUUUUAUAUCAUAAAUGGCUAAAAGUUCUUUCGAAAGAGAUUUCCUUAGUAGAAAAAUAUGGAAAAUGGGCAGCCAUAACAGGAUCCACGGAUGGCAUUGGCAAGGCCUUGGCCCGUCAGUUGGCCCGAAGAGGAUUCAACAUUGUCUUGAUAGCUAGAAAUGAAGAAAAGCUUAAACGAGUGGCUGAAGAAAUUGAAAAUGAUUUUGGAGUUGAAGUCUAUAAGAUACAGGCAGACUUCUCCCACGGCAAGCCGAUCUAUGAGAAGUUAUUUGAAGAUUUAGCCAAGAAACCUAUAAAAUUUCUAGUUAAUAAUGUUGGUAUUGCCAAUAGUACACCCGCUUCAGUUGAAACCUUCUCAUCGGAACACUUGUGGGACAUGAUUAAUGUGAAUAUAGCUGCUGCCACGCAGCUCAGUCGUCAUUUUGUUGAUCUUUGGCAUCGCAAAGGCAUUAAAGGAUGUAUUGUCAAUAUUUCAUCGGCUCUGGAACUGAAACCAUGUCCCACUGGGGCUGUGUAUGGUGCAUCAAAGGCCUACCUACGAAGUUUUACACUAGCACUGCAGCAUGAGGCGAAACCUUUGGGCAUUAGAGUGCAGUUGGUAACACCAGCUUUUGUGGUAACUAGAAUGUGCAAUUACUCUGCAUUCCUUAUGAAGGGUAAUCUCUUUACGCCUCAAGUCGAUCAAUAUGCUGAAUGGGCUGUGGAGAGCAUUGGUAGAACCCCAUACACAACCGGAUAUUUUUGGCAUGGAAUUCUUAUAACUUUUAUAAAAAUUACACCAUGGCGUUUAUCAAAUAAACUUGCUGUCAUCAUUGCAAGCUAUUUAACGAAUGGAAUUAAUUGGCGACAAAAAUUAGCAACAUUAUGAAUACACAUUACCAUACAUAUAUGUAUAAUUUAAUAUUUAAUAUAUCUUCAAAAACCCCCUGUUUGCUAAAGCUGCCAUUAGACGAUAAUGCAUGUCAUAUGAGCUGUCACCCUCUGUAUUCAUAAGACUUGCCUUAUAUACGUCAAAUACGAAUAGGGCGUACUCUAAUCGGCAUGUAUUCCCAUAUGUAUUGUACUUUUCAUACCCUACACCACUGUUGUGGAACAGGCUAUUAUAACUUAGUGCAUUUGUUUGUAACACACAGAAGGAAGAGAGCUAGACCCAUUGAUAAGUUUACCGAUCGACUCAGAACCACUUUCUGAUUCGAUUUAGCUAUGUCCGUCUGUUGGUCCAUGUUAAUUUGUGAACAAAGUACAGAGCGUAAUUUUCAUCCAAUCGUCUUCAAAUUAGGCACCGGCAUUUUUUUUAGUCAAGAGACGAAGCCCAUUGAAAUUGGAAAAAAUCAGUUCAGAUUUGGAUAUAGCCCCCAACUUAAAGUGCAGGUGUAGGGUAUUAUAUAGUGGGCACCGCCCGACUUUUGCCUAUCCUUACUUGUUUUUAUAUACAUGAAAAUAAAAGCACGAUUUAAUCGAAAAAAUUGCAUAUAUAUUCCAAAAUUCAUUUGUCAUAUUAAAUUUUUCGUACGUAUCACACGAUGUGUACAACUUUCAGAGCUUCUGUUUUUAAAAUUGCAUAUGACAUGACUUACCGUCUAAUUGCAGCUUAAAUUGUUACAAUUUACUACAAAACAUUGAAAAUACAUUUUGGAGCCUGUUAA